UGUAAAGAGAACUGGCCAAAAAACCAGAGGACUCAAAGACUUUGUAAUUGAGACUCCUCUCCGAUUCCUGCUCUAGUUUCAUUCCCAGGAUAGCAGAGGCUGAGAGUGCGAAAGCGAUGGCCGAAAGCCGAGCCCAUGAGAAGCCCAGGAUUCUGUGCCUCCACGGGUUCAGGACCAGCGCUAAAAUCCUCGAGACGCAGAUCCAUAAAUGGCCCGAAUCCGUCCUGGAGAAGCUGGAUCUGGUGUACCUCAACGCUCCGUACCCGUCCACGGGCAAGUCCGGCGUGGACGGCAUCUUCGAUCCUCCCUACUUCGAGUGGUUCCAAGCCAAUCAGGAUUUUACAGAGUACGAGAACUUUGAAGAGGGCAUCGCUUUCAUUGAAGAUUUCAUGGUGAAGAACGGUCCCUUUGAUGGUUUACUGGGUUUUUCCCAGGGAGCUAUUCUAGCUGCAGCAUUGCCAGGAAUGCAGGCAGAGGGAUUGGUGCUCACCAAGGUGCCCAAAAUCAAGUUCCUGAUUCUGAUUUCCGGGGGUAAGCUCGGCGGAUCGAAAUUCGGUGCGCCUCCGCUGGCAGCUAACGCGUUUUCCUCUCCUGUCAAGUGCCCUUCUCUUCAUGUUAUAGGCGAGAACGAUUUCCUGAAGCCGGAGUCAAUUGCUCUGCUCGAUUCAUUUGUGGAUCCGAUCGUCAUCCAUCACCCGAAGGGCCACACAAUUCCCAGGCUCGAUGAUCAAAGCCUGGAGAUUGUCAACAAUUUCAUCGACAAGAUCCGGAAUGUAGCUACCGCAUGAGUCAUUCUUUACCGCAACGCGCAAAGGAGACAAUAACAAUUUUUCAUUUGUGAUUUGGCUAUCUUUCUUUAACCUUUACAAACCUCACAAAGACUUGUCAAUUUAGUUCUAAACCUUUCAAUUGUGUCAGUUUAGCCCUAAACCUUUUGAAGUUUUACCAGUGUAGUUCUAAACCUAUUAUUUAGAUAAUUGGCCCAAACGAUUACAUUGACAAACUGUCAAAAGGCUUAGAAUUAAAGUCUCUCUUUCUCAUUGUGUCAAUUCAUCUAAGCUGGAGCUUAGUUCUCUUUUCCGUUCGAUCCCUCGCGCGGAUGAUCAUAGCCUAGAGAUUGCGCACGAUUUCCGUUGAGAAGAUACAGAAUCUGGCUAUUGCAUGAGUUAUGCUUUCGUCCGACUUAGCUAUAAAGAUGAUAAUGAUUCUCGUCUGAGAUUUUCACUUCUUUCUCGACGAAUCUGCUUCGAAUGCAAUCUACUAUCUUUAGCA